CUAUCUAUCUAUCUAUCUAUCUAUUUAUUUAUUUAAAAAAGAAAAGUUUUUGUCAAUAACUUUGGACACAGUUUCCAGCGCCCUCAUCAACGUUCCCGAGUGGUUCGGAAGCGUUCAGUUACGAACACACCCGAGCUCCCGGGAGAGGAACAUGCUUAAUCUUGAGCGAGCUCGUUAGCUAGAUGAUCUGAGUGCCACACCUGUACAGGUAAACGAGGAAUUAAACACCUGAAGAUGUUGGAAAACUUAAAGCUACACAGUUACCUCCGACACUGGAGACUCCUUCUGUUAAUGUUAAGUGAACAUCUGCUCGCGGAGCGUUCACCGUACAAGUCGCUAAGUUUCUAUAGAACGAGUUCCUUAAUAUAAAACAAUCAGCACUGCUGUUAGAGGAAAUUAAUCGACUCCUUCUGACCAAUCAGAAUCCAGAAUUUAUCCACGAAUAAAUGAAUCGAGUGAAUCAGCAAUCAAAUCAAAAUCAGUGUUUUAUAACAGCUUUCAUUGCUUCUGUUGACUUAAAUAAAUUUCUUCUUUUUUAAAAAAAAAAAAAAGAUUUACUGGUACAAAUUCUGUUCUUAAAGCCACGGCGACGCCGACUCCAACUCCGCUGGCCGAUAAAGUAACGCAGCGGUCCACAUCUAAACUUUCUCAGAUCUUUUACCUAGAAACGCAGACCUUUUUAAAGAAUAACUGAACCUUAAGGAUCACUGAUGUACCUUUUCAAGCAUUAUUUCCCAAAAUUUCAUCUGGAGGAUCAAUAAAGUACAUUUGAACUAUCUUAUUAUAAAAAAACACAGUUUUCUAAGUAAAAGAUGCUUACUGAAAAGUGCAAAAAAAAAAAAGUAUGCUUGUAAUGAGAUGAAGUACAGUUUGGUACUGUUUGGUGUUUCAUAGACUGUAACACUGGAGGUGCGUACGAAGGCUCGCGUUAGACUACGUAUGCCGUCACGUGCAACUAGAAACGAUUUAAAAUAGUCAUUGUUUCCCGUCUAUCACAGGGACUCUAGCCAAUCCCGUGCGUCUGUGAACUCGCGUAUGCGGAAGAGGGCGGAUAGCACUUUCCUCGAGGGAAAUAAAUGCUGUGCACCGCCUGUAUUGUGUAAAAUUGCAGCUCUCUGUGUUUUAAGCUGUAAAAUUAUUUCCUAUAUUUAGAAAUAUACUUUUAUAUUCCACGACACAAAAAAGACGGAUGCGUUUUGGAAGGAUGUUUCAUCAUAUAUGUACAUCUUUGGGCGUAAGAUUCCACCAAAUAAAUGGCAGUAGGAUGAUGAUGAUGAUGAUGAUGAUGAUGAUAAUAUACAGUAUGAUAUUGACAUGUAUCUGCAUUUUGCACAGUAAUGCCAAACAGACCACUUUAUAUAUUGGUACUUUUUAAAAGAAUAUGGAAAUUAUAUAUAUAGUAUGAACGUCAAUGACACAGUGUCCUUGUUGGUUAAGCUCCCCCCCCCACACACACACGGUCUCACUGUGGCUUCAGCAAGUGUGUGUUUCAGCACCAUAUCUCUCAGGACAGCUCCGCCUCCACCUUUACACGCCACGCCCUAGAGAACACGGUUGCCAGGUUGAGGUUUCUACCCUCACAGUUCGAUCAUGGCUUUUUGACCGUCUUUGCUAUAAUAUACAUUAACACUUGACAUUCACACCUUGGGACACACUAUUUAGUUUAGAAGCUAAACUGAGAUUUUGUGUCCCUGGGACGUUUAUGUAGGAAAAUAUGUUAAUCAGUCGGUACAGGAUUUAAAAAAGUAAAUUUUUUUUGUGAUGGUUACUUUCAAAAACGCUUGAGUUCACUGCGGGUUUAAAAAAAAAAUUUGCGACGCCAUUUGCGGAGUUAUUUGUGCUUUUUUUUUAAUGCGGAAAACUACUUGAAUUGGUGAAAUCGCGACGGCACUUAAAUUGUUUUACUCGAUCUUUCGCAGUCAUGUUUGUUGGUAAACAAGGCUUUUUAGCUGUACUCAUGUUCGACACGUGAAUCGAAGAGGGCCUUGGCUGGAUGCUGUCCAAAUCUCCGAAUAGUGCGGAGUUUGCAUUUCUGCAAUUUACAAAAUAACAAAAUGCUGGAGGGACUGGUUUAUAGUAAUCUGGUCCACUUUUUUAAGAGGGCAACCUGGAUGGAUGAAAGUGGAAUUAUCAUAUAUAAAUAAAAAUUUGAAUAUAUAUAAGUAUACAGAUGUAUUUAAAAAAACUAUUUUCCUCCAGAUUCACAAAAAUUUCAGAAAUACUGAUUUUCUUUGUACUCAAGUGUAUAUGUUUAUCACUCAGUAAAAGUGCAAAGCAGCUCAUUUGCAUGUAGCGAAUCCCACAAAACCCCAUAAAAGGGCAAGUGCACAGACUGCUGGGACCACAAAACGACCAAUCAGAGUAAAUGCUGACAAACAGAAGUAGAUGUGCCAUGAUGUGCCAAUUCUAUUUAAUUAACGCUGAUGAAAUAAAAGUACCGGUUUUCACAAAAAUAUUCUUGACGGUACUCGUAGUCCCUGACCUAUUGAGCUAGCACGACAGUGUGUUUUUAAUAGAGACUCCAAACCACGUCUAUAAGUUGAUCAGGGUCAGGGAGUCUGAUACACACUGUUCUGUAAACGUAAUAAAAACCAUUUACGAAUAAAUCUGUUCAUAUCCAGCUUCCUAAAUGAGGCCCACUGUUUGUUGCUAUAGUAACUGAAACCUUUUUGAAAAUAUAUAUAUAUAUCAAGUUUGAGGGUUUUUUCCCCCCCAGAUAAUUGAUUUAUUUUGACCCUUUGUAAAAAGUAUGUGUUUUUUGGUUUUUAUUUUUGUUUUGUAAGGAACUGUAACAGUGGGCUAGAUGCGGGAUUUUCUAAAUCAGGUCACUCCAAUCUGGCAACCCGGUGUUCAGCCACCACGAACACAGUGUUCGGCUCAAAUUGCUCUGCUGAAUCCGGUUUAAGGACGAGCUUGAAUUAAAGCACGUCUCUGAAUUCCAAGGUUAAUCCACCAUGCUCCUGUUUUUACCUGCGUUAUUGUGCAUUUUCACAGGAGGCAGAUGUCUGCCCGUGUUGGAUGUGAAGGGAAGCGAUUGCUUGGAGGAUGCGAGUAUGAAAACUGAUGGACACUGGCCCCAAGCAGGCUGUGAUGCACAGUUGACAGAUGACAUUCUGACCGCUGAAAAGCGGCACCAGGGUCUGCUGAGAGAGCUACAGGAGCUGGUUGAACAUGAGUUUGAAAGAGAACAUCAUGACACUCGGGAGACGGAGGAGUACGACCUGAACGACCUGGAUGACCAGGAGGACGGGAAACAGGCUAGACGGAGGGAUGAAGAACAGAUGGAGGCCCGGAAACAAGGAAACAAAGAAGAAGAGGAGGAGGAGAGCGCCCGAGAGCUGGAGGAACUGCUGGCUGAACAGAUCCGGAAGAAAGAAGAGGGGAGGAAAGACGAUGCAGAGUUGGAGGAGCUGAGAAAAGAGGAGGUAAACUCCGAGAAGGACGGGGAAGUGGAGGAGAAGGAGAGGAGUAAGAACGAGGCGGAGCUGACAGCUGAGAAAGAGAAGGUGGAGCAUGAGCUCCAGGCGCUGACGAGUGACGAGACGAAGAUGAGGGAGAGGCAGGAGAAGGAGGAGGAGCUGCAGGAGCUGGUGCACAAGAUGGAGAGAGUGAAGGAGGAGCAGGAAGCGCCGACAGAGGGAGAGAAGGGAAAGGAGGAAGACACGACCCCCGAGACAAAAGAGCCACAGCAGAAGAGGGAGAUGGAGAAAGCGAGUGACGAGAGGACGCGGCAGUUCGAGAAGGAGCGAUACAGCGAUGAUGAGGAGGAGGAGGAAGAUGGCGAUGAAGACGAGGAGGAGGAGCAAGACGAAUCUGAGACAGGAGCUGUUGGAGAUCGAAGCCCAGUUGAGGAGAGUGGCUGCCGAACUGAGGAAACUGCACCGGGGCUAAACACAUGAAAACACACUUACACACACUUGCACUCUCUCUCUCUCGUGCACACACACACACACACACACACACACACACACACAAGAUACAAGCCAUACCAGUUUCUCUUUAUAACACACAGUAAUACACAAUUUCUCACUGUAAUAGUUCCAGUGUGAACUCUUAGUGCUGUGGUGUGUGUGUGUGUGUGUGUGUGUGUGUGUGUGUGUGUGUGUAUACACACACAAACACAAUUCUAUGUUUAUAAUUCUAUAAACAACAGAUUCACAAUAAUUAGAUUCGCCUACUAAUUAACACAAGCCAAGGUGAAUCAAUCUGAGUCAAUUGAAUCAAUGAAUCAAAAUAAGAAGACCAGCCAAGACAUGUUUGGUGUCUGAUGUUUGCAAGGCUAAUGUAGCUAACAAGUAGAGGAGGCUUAUAGCCACCAGUUUAACAUGGUGUACUGAACGAACGAACGAAUCAGCUUUGCGGAGUUAUUCAAUGAAUUGAACAGGCUUUCUGACUCGGCAUGACUCACUGUUACGUAUAAAAACACGGACAAAAGGACGUCACAGAGCUCGAAACAGUCACCAGAUUAGUU